AUGGGGAACCAGGCCAAUGAGUCUGUGCAAAAGGCCCCGCAGAAUCUACUUUUGUCGGAUCUUGUCUUCUCUGAUCAAGCCAACCACAAUUUCUCUCGCAUCUUGACAGACCUGAAAAAGUCGAACCUGUCCAUCACCAACCGCCUUCAUUCCAUAAAGGAGGAUGCCAGGUUCGUGUCGGACGUUGCGCAAACCCUGGCCCGUCCCUUGGUCGCCAACGAGCGGUGCGGCAGUUGGUAUAUCCCACCGACCUCCAAGGCCGGUUCCGCGUAUUUUAAAAGCACCGACGGCCACACGGGGCAGUGGAAAUUCUCGACCAGGAGGCUGAAUCUGCACUUGUUGGCCAUUAUCGGUGAGAACGAUGGCUGCAUCAUCGUCGACUCAACCAGACGGGGCAAGCGUAUGCCUGACGCACUGAGUAAGACGAUACCUACCUGGUGCUGCGUGCUCAAUCGAGUGCUCUUCCCCGAACGCUCGGACAAGCAUGCUCUAUACACCCCGCCGAAUGUGGUUUCUGAGUCGGAGCAUGCCCAGAUGGAAGCUCGGAUACCCGGCUUCGUAGACGCCUUCAAAGCCCUGACGCUCGACAUGGGCAGCUGGAGCCAGCUCGAAAAGCCACUGCGGCCGAUGUGGGUGACGCAGGAAUCCGAGCUCUUCGCGGCGGACACCAUCUUCGAAGACUACCACCCUGUCAUCUGCUGCACCAGCUCGCGCCGAGUGACCGGCGGCGAGAUGAGCGAAGGCGGCUACAUCCAAGGCGCCGGGGAUGAUACCGAGAAUUGGGCUCUUGGGUUGAACCCUGCUGCAUUCUGGGACCACGACGAGGAACUGCUGGCUACCCCUGAGGUCGAGCUGCCCAUCUUGAUCGCAUCCCUCUUGUCAGGUCAGUCGGCAAGGCCUCCUCAGGAAGGACCCCAGCAAGUGUCACCGGGUCUCUUUGUUAGCCCUCUGGGUCAGGAGGCUGCUCCUUCGUUCACCUGCACCAUAUCUUUACUCCCCAAGGCCACGGAUGCGUCUACCUGGGUGAAAAGCAAUACGCAGAUGGAGGUAGGUCUCGGUAAGCAUAAACUUGCCAGUCGAAAUCUCAGAUCUGCCUUGCCCGCAAUCUGCGAAUUCGCCAAAUCGGCUCUUGUCGCCUCGCAAACGCUGGCCCAUGACCAGUCGUCACCGGUGCCUUCAAAUAUCCUUAUCCUAUGCGAGACUGGCAAAGAUAUCUCUGUAGGCGUGGCUCUGGCACUUCUGUGUCAAUUCUUUGACGAGGCUGGCAACCUGGGUGAUCUGGACCAGAGACCGGAUGUCAACAAGAGCAUCAUAAAGGUCAAACUCAGCAGGAUCAUGACAGCUUUCCCAGGCGCCAACCCGAGCCGUGCCACGCUGCAGAGUGUAAAUAGUUUCCUCAUGGGAUGA